AUGCCAAACGUAUGGAUCAGCUCCUCCUUCACUUGUUCCCACGUGGUUGAAUGCAGCAACCAGCUGUCAGCCCAUGUUUUGGCUCGUUCUCUUAACUGCAGGAUGGCCUUCACUCGAGCUUCAUGUGGAGGGACCAUCAACUUCGUGAUAGUUUCGUCUACGUUAGCGCACCAGUCCCUGAUGUCGUGUGAUCUCUCAUCAGGGUUGAACGGUGGUGCUGCCGGAGGGUUGCACCGUCCGCCGAUAGCGUUGCUUUCACAGCGCUCGUUGCAGCAGUCUUCGUAA